AUGCAUUCCUCAUCGCCUGCGUCAUCGCCAGCUGGCGGAACUGGUUCUCCAGUUGACGGCUACUUUGACACUGCCAACCCAGGCUACAUUCGCAAGUACCUUCGCACAUACGGUCUCACGCCUCCUCGCGCGGAGAGCUACGAGGUGCAGAAGACAAGAUGUCUCGCCCAGCUAGCUCUCAAAUCCACUCCUAUCGAAAAAUUCCUCUACCUCAGCACUAUCCGCAAGAACAGCGUGCACUUGUUCUACCGCUUGGUCAUGGACCACCUACAGGAGCUUACGCCUUUGAUCUACACCCCCGUUGUUGGUGAAGCUUGUCAAAGAUGGUCCGAGAUAUAUCAACAGCCCGAGGGAAUGUAUCUCAGCUACGAAGACAGGGGAAAUAUCGCCGCAGUCAUUCAGAACUGGCCACAGCCAAACGUCGACAUCACCGUUAUCACCGACGGCUCGAGAAUAUUGGGAUUGGGUGACCUUGGGAUAAACGGAAUGGGUAUCCCGAUUGGCAAACUUGCUCUCUAUACCGCCUGUGCUGGCAUCAGGCCCGAAGCUACCCUCCCACUCACCCUCGACUUGGGAACUAGCAAUAAGACUUUGAGAGAGGACCCCCUAUAUAUGGGCAGUCGUCGUGGCAAGGUCACUCAGGAGCAGGAGCUUGAAUUUAUGGAUGAGCUCAUGGCUGCACUGACUGAGAGAUGGCCUGGCAUUGUUAUACAAUUCGAGGAUUUCAAGAACCCCUUCCCCGCACUCCAAAAGUAUCGCCACAAUUACACUUGUUUCAACGAUGAUAUCCAAGGAACCGGUGCCGUCAUUUUGGCUGGUGUGAUAAACGCCGUUAAGCGAUCUGGUGUGCCUCCAAAGGACCACCGUGCUGUAUUCCUCGGUGCCGGAAGUGCCGGUGUUGGUGUUGCUAAACAGAUCGUCGAUUUCUUCGUCAAGGAGGGUAUGACCGAGGAUGAAGCCAAAGCUUGCUUUUACCUCGUUGACACCAAGGGUCUCGUCACUGCCGACCGAGGUGACAGGCUGGCCGCCCACAAGGUCUACUUUGCCCGUCACGACAACAACGGCCAACAGUGGAAGACCUUGGAAGAGGUUGUAGAUCAUGUUAAGCCAACCAUGCUAAUGGGACUCUCCACCCUCGGAGGUGUCUUUACACCUGAGAUCCUCAAAAAGAUGGCAGACACUAACAAACAACCCAUCAUCUUCCCUCUAUCAAAUCCCUCCGCAAACUCAGAAUGUGACUUCAAGGCUGCCGUUACUCACACCGACGGACGUGCUUUGUUUGCAUCAGGCUCUCCAUUCCCCUCAUUUUCCUUCAAGAACAGCGCUGGAGAGACCGCUACCCAUUAUCCCGGUCAAGGAAACAACAUGUAUGUCUUCCCCGGUAUCGGGCUAGGAACUAUCCUCUCCAAGGCUGUGGAGGUCACCGAUAGCAUGAUCUACGCCGCUGCAGACGCCCUUUCAACAUCCCUCACAACCGAGGAGCUCGACCGAGGUCUGCUGUAUCCUGAAAUCACGAGAAUCCGCGAAGUCAGCGUCGUCGUCGCCAGGGGUGUGAUUCGGGCCGCACAGGAUGCCAAGGUGGAUCGUGAGACGGCGAUCCGAUCAUUCUCCGACUCCGACCUGGAUGCAUGGAUCAAAUCCAAGAUGUACAACCCACAUUCCGAGGUAAACUCGUUAGAACGCGAAGUUGGCAUUCUUCUGUCGUCCAUCGGCCGCAUCAACGGACAUUCGAAUGGAGAUAUAUCGCCCCGUGGCGAAGAUCAAGGCUCCAAGCUCUAG